AUGUAUUCUAUUGUCCGGUUGACAGGACAGAAAUCAAAAUUACAGACGACGCCAAUGACCCCGUGGGUGAUUGCAGCUAAGUUCGGUGUUGAUCAGACGCUUGAUGGAUUCCUGCGUGUUGUACACAACGAUAUCAGACGUAACAGUGACUGUCUGUCCUUCUUUUGCUUUGCAUGUCAGACUCUCACGACAGCUGAGGGAGCUGUGGAGGGACACAAGGGAGACGACUGCGAGUGUAUCAAACUAUCCAAGGCCUACAAGAGAGUGUUACCGUCUCUUGUUGGCUAUCGACAGGAGCUGGAAACGAUGCUUCUGGAAUCCGACAGGUGGCGCUGGCAGAGAAACGGUCAAGCAGGUUUGACUGAAUCACAACAGGAAGUGCUGCAACAGAUCGAGCUGUAUGAAUCUAAGCUUGAGACGUUCUACAUGGAGAUAAAGGAAAAGGUGGGCUUGCUGAAAGGCCAGGUCAUGGAAUACGUCGUGGAACAAGACAUUGGCGAAGUUGCUGACGAUAUGGAGACCGUCCGAGACCAAAUCAAAGAUGCUUAUAUCGACCUGAAUGAUGCGAUGGAUGACGAGAACAUGGACUCCCUCCUUAUGUCGUUCUCGGAUAUGAAGCCGAACCUUACACGUCUUCGAAAACGCCUUAAUUCGACUCUUGGCAAGAGUGCUCGUAAGUGUAGCUUCGAGUUUGUACCAGAUACAAAGCUGCAAGAGUUGUUUCAUAGCCAGUUAAACUUCGGCACACUCCAUUCUAUCGAACACUUCAAUUUCAGCGGACACCCGGAUGAGACCUCUAACGUGAACUUUUAUGACGUCGCCGUUAACGAGAAAUACAUCGUUAUUGCAGAUGGCGAAAAUGGUGUUAUCAGACGCUUCCUUAUCGACGGCAGUUACGUAGAUAGCAUGUCAAUUUCGAACCCUUGUCGAAUAACGUUCACAGCAGAGAGUGAAAUCGCGGUCACCAGAUUCUUCAAGAAGAAGAUUACAACUAUAUCGCUAGGAAGGAAAAUGCACGUGAAGGACAAUAUAAAGACCAAGCGUUCCUAUGUGGGCAUUUGUUCUCUCAACCAUGACAAGUUCGCAGCAUCUUAUUACAACGACGACGAACCGUCCGGGAUUGAUAUCAUUUCUAAAAAAGGAGACAUACAGCACUCGCUUCUAAGUAACACGACAGGGGCAGGUAAUGACCCGUUGUUUCUUGUCCCAAUGUUCCUCACCAAAACUUCCACCGGUAACAUUGUCGUCUGUGACUUCAGUGAUACGCGUCACGUGAUAUGUGUAAGUGAUAAACUCGCGCCAUUGUGGUGUCGUCAAGUGGAGAGCACGCCUUGUGGGGUCACGUGUGAUGCAGACACUGUGUAUGUAACUUUGCCAGACGCGAAUCACGUGAUUGCUCUUGAUCAAGAGGACGGCGAGAAGUUGAGAAACAUUGUGAAGCCAACGGACGGUGUGAAACGUCCGUACGCGACCAGCGCUUGUGGCGGAGAACUUGUCAUCACAGAGGAUGACUCCGACAAGAUCCAUAUAUUUCGUGUGUGA